AUGGACUGCCUGAUUCGCGGCAAGCCGUUCUACUGCCGGGAAUGGGCCUUUGCCAAGAUCGCCCAUUGCCUGGAGAGUCGGGCGGCGUCCAAGACGUGCGGCGUGUUGGUGACCGGUGGCGCCGGUUGCGGGAAAACGGCGCUCUUUUCCGAGCUCGUGUGGCCGACGAGGAACCACGCGAGGCAGAAGUCGCUCAGUCGCCGAGUGCUGGCCUACCACUUUUGUCAGGCACACGAGGCCCGCAGCGUGUCCGUGACGUCCUUCAUCCUGAGCCUGGUGCACCAGCUGGCCCAGAGCGAGGCGCUGCCGGGCUACGCGGCCCGCCUGUCCGAGCCGGCCAUCCGCGCUGCCCUGGACGUGCGGGCCUGCGACCGGGACCCGGACGCCGCCUUCCGCACCGCCGUCCUCUUGCCGCUCCUCGAACUCGGCGACUCCCGACCUGCCGGCAAAACCUUUUGCAUCCUCGUCGACUCGGUGGACCAGCAACAGGCCCUGUUCCACGACGAUCAUCAUCAUCAUCACCAGCAGCAACAACAACAUCAUCAUCACGUCACUGGUGGUGGUGGCAACAACACCAACACCAACACCAGUACGACGAUUGCCGAACUCCUGGGCAACAACCAGCACUUGCUGCCCGACUGGAUCGUGUUGUUGGUGUCGGCUCGUCGUCAGAGUCGGGCCGUGACUCGCGUCUUUGCCGGCUUCCGCAAGAUGACGCUGGACGACCUGCGGAAACCCGCCGUCGUCCGCGACGUGCAGCACUACAUCCUGGCCCGGCUGGACCGCGACGAGGCCGUGCGUCGCCACUUGUCUCGCGACACGGCGGACAUGUUGAACCAGCUGCACAUCAAGAGCAACGGGUGCCUGCUGUACCUGGAGAAGGUGCUGGACGGCGUGGCGGCGGCCUUCAUCAACAUCCGAGAGAUCAAGGACAUCCCGGGCAUGCUCAACGGACUCUACCUCUACCUCUGCCAGCGACUGUUUACAAGGAAGCAGUUCCACAAGGCCCUGCCGCUGGCCAACGUCCUGCUCGCGUCGCCGCACGCACUCACGCGAGCGGCCCUGUGCGACGUCGUCAAGCUGGCCAAGCCGAGCGUGACGGACGAGGACUUUGAGAGACGGUUUGCCCUACUGCGACGCGUGCUCAUCCAGGACGACGAAAUGGAAGGAGAAGAAGAAGAAGGACAAGGACACAAUGAAGACCAGAAGAAGAAGAAGGGCAGUGACAGCCAUCGAGUCAUCUUCUUCCACCACUCGUUUGCCGAGUGGCUCGUGGACGUGAAGCACUGCACCUACAAGUACUUGUGUCGGCCGACCGAGGGCCAUGCAGCCCUGGCUGCGUGGCUUGGGGCCCGAGCCGCAGACUUGUGCGACGAGCAAGUGCACGAACUCGCGCUGCAUCUCACGAGGGCCACCCGACAGCCACCACCACCGCUGUUGUUGUUGUCGUCGUCGUCGUCAUUGGAGAAUAAGAAGAAAAAGAAGGUCGACAACGAGGAAGAAGAAGAGGAGGAAGAAGUUGUUGUUGCUGCUGCUACUGCUGCUGUUGGUCAGGCGGCGGCUGGGGACAUUGACCACCAGCAGCAGCAGCAGCAGUGGCGCCACCAGGACGCCGUCCGUUGGCUCGUCGCCAAGAACGCCCCGGCGGUGCGAGACUGUCUCCGAGAUUUAGUGCCGAAAGAUGCGCGUGUGUAUCGAUUACUGCGUGACGCCGGAGCUGAAGAAGAAGAAGAAGAUGAUGAGAAAGAAGAACAACAACCAAAACAAGAAGCAAGCGUUGACCAAGAAGAAGAAGAAGAAGAAGAAGAAGGAAAACAUGAACAUGAACGCAAGAGGAAAGACCGAGGAAAGAAAAAAGAGGUGGCGGAAGAAGACGAAGAAGAAGCAGAAGAACGACACCGCGUCGACCUCAUGAUGCGGCAGCUGCAAGACAUGGACUUGUCCGCCGUCGACGCCGACCAUCGCACUCUGCUCCACUGUGCCGCCAACGACGGCGACGUCCGUCUCGUGGCUGCUCUCGUGGCCCGAGGCCUGGACGUGUGUGCCGAGGACAAGGACGGACAGACGGCGUUGAGUCUGGCUGCUCGCCAGGGCCACACGACGGUCGUGGCCCAGUUGCUGAGAGCAGGAGCCGAGUGCGACCACGCGGACGCCGACGGCUGGAGUCCCCUGCGGGCAGCAGCCUGGGCGGGCCACCUGGCCGUCGUCGAGGCCCUGCUGCACCACGGGGCCAGUGUGGACUCGGUGGACGCAGACAAUAGGACAGCUUUGCGGGCAGCAGCCUGGGGAGGACACGACGACAUCGUCCGCAGACUGGUGGCAGCUGGCGCCGACGUGAACCGCCAAGACCACGAGGGCAGGACGGCGCUCAUCGCCGCCGCCUACAUGGGCCACUGCGAGAUCGUGGAGCUGCUGCUGGACAGUGGCGCCGACGUGAACCACGAGGACUCGGACGGGCGCACGGCGCUGUCGGUGGCGGCGCUGUGCGUGCCGGCCAACGAGGGCUACGCCCGCGUGGUGCACACGCUGCUCACGCGUGGCGCCCGGGUGGACCACGAGGACAAGGACGGCAUGACGCCGCUGCUGGUGGCCGCCUUCGAGGGACACAGGGGAGUCUGCGAACUGCUGCUGGCUGCCGAUGCAGACGGCGACCACACCGAGAAGGCCGGCAGCAGGUCCGCCCUCUGGCUGGCCGCGUCCAUGGGCCACGGGCCAGUCGUGAAGCUGCUGCUGGACCACCACUGCUACGUGGACGGGAUCGAUGCCGAGGGACGCACGGUCCUGUCCGUCGCUGCAGCACAGGUAAACACGUGUUUGCAAAUUCCAUGUAGCCGACUCUGUUCCGUGACUGACUGA